CCAAAGCACAAACAAUGGGGGAUUAGGGUUAGGGUUUUUCUUAAAGCUCGAGAGCGGCGACGAUGGCGCAAUCCCUGGAGCUACUACUGAUCCAGUUCCUUAUGCCUGACAAUGACGCCCGUCGCCAGGCCGAGGAUCAGAUACGGCGCUUGGCCAAAGACCCACAGGUCGUUCCGGCUCUCGUCCACCAUCUCCGCACUGCUAAGACCCCCAAUGUCCGCCAGCUCGCCGCCGUCCUCCUCCGUAAGAAGAUCACAGGCCACUGGGCUAAGCUCCCCACUCAUGUCAAGAAUUCCGUGAAAGCCGCGCUGAUUGAGAGCAUCACCAUCGAGCAUAGUCCUCCAGUGCGCCGUGCCAGUGCAAAUGUUGUCAGCAUCAUUGCAAAAUAUGCUGUUCCUGCUGGAGAGUGGCCCGAUUUAUUGCCUUUUCUUUUCCAAUGUGGUCAAAGUUCACAAGAGGAUCAUAGAGAGGUGGCUUUGAUUCUUUUCAGUUCUCUGACAGAAACAAUUGGGUCCGUGUUCCAGUCCCAUUUGACAAAUCUACAACCUUUACUUUUGAAAUGUUUGCGAGAUGAGAGCAGCACACGUGUUAGAGUUGCUGCUCUGAAGGCUGUUGGAUCUUUUAUAGAGUUCAUCAAUGAAGGCAAUGAUGUGGUGAAGUUAUUUCGAGAUUUUAUACCUAGCAUUUUAAGUGUAUCACGGCAAUGCCUUGCUAAUGGUGAGGAGGAUGUUGCAUCUAUUGCUUUUGAGAUAUUUGAUGAACUCAUUGAGUCACCGGCCCCUCUUCUUGGAGAUUCUGUAAAAUCCAUUGUGCAAUUUUCCCUUGAAGUUUGCUCGAGUCAGAGUUUGGAAUUGAACAUAAGACACCAGGCCAUUCAGAUAAUUUCAUGGCUUGCAAACUAUAAGGCUAUGUUUUUGAAAAAGCACAAAUUAGUCACUCCUAUUUUGCAAGUUAUGUGCCCUUUACUUACUGAAACUGCUAGUGGAGAUGAAGAUACUGAUCUUGCUGUUGAUCGGGCUGCCGCAGAAGUUAUUGAUAUGAUGGCCAUUAAACUGCCUAAGCAUGUUUUUCCACAAGUGUUUGAGUUUGCUUCUUUAAGUUUUAAUCAAAUUAAUCCAAAAUAUAGAGAAGCUUCAGUCACAGCUUUAGGAGUUAUUUCUGAGGGUUGUUCUGAGUUACUAAAAGAUAGACUUGAGCAUGCUUUACAUAUUGUCUUGGGAGCUUUGAAGGAUCAAGAGCAUAUGGUUAGAGGAGCUGCCUCAUUUGCACUGGGUCAAUUUGCAGAGCAUCUGCAGCCUGAGAUAAUAUCCCAUUAUCAAAGCAUUCUCCCUUGCAUUCUCAAUGCACUUGAGGAUUCAUCUGAUGAUGUGAAGGAAAAAUCAUACUAUGCACUGGCUGCAUUGUGCGAGGAAAUGGGUGAAGAGAUUCUUCCUUAUCUUGAUCCUCUAAUGGGAAGAUUAGUUGCUUCUCUCCAAAGCAGUCCUCGUAAUCUGCAAGAAACAUGCAUGUCUGCGAUUGGUUCAAUAGCUGUUGCAGCGGAGGAAGCAUUUAUUCCAUAUGCUGAGAAGGUUCUGGAAUUGAUGAAAAGUUUUAUGGUUCUUACUAAUGAUGAGGAUUUGAGAUCACGAGCCAGGGCUACUGAAUUAGUUGGUAUAAUUGCCAUGGAUGUGGGGCGAAUGCGAAUGGAACCAAUAUUACCUCCUUUUAUUGAAGCAGCUCUUUCUGGAUUUGCAUUGGAAUUUACCGAGCUUCGAGAAUACACACAUGGGUUCUUCAGCAAUAUUGCUGAAAUAUUAGGCGAUGGUUUCUCACAGUACCUUCCCCAUGUGGUACCUCUUGCUUUUUCCUCAUGCAAUCUUGAUGAUGGAUCAGCAGUGGACAUAGAUGAUUCUGACAGUAUUGAAAAUGGAUUUGGUGGUGUAUCCUCUGAUGAUGAUACAAAUGAUGAACCUAGAGUCCGCAAUAUCAGCAUAAGAACAGGUGUCUUGGAUGAAAAGGCUGCUGCAACCCAAGCUAUUGGCAUGUUUGCACUUCAUACAAAGGCUUCCUAUGCACCCUAUUUGGAGGAGUCGAUUAAGAUCUUAGUUAGGCAUUCCGGAUAUUUUCAUGAGGAUGUUCGGCUUCAAGCUAUUAUAUCUUUGAAACAUAUUUUGACAGCACUGCAAUCUAUUCCUCCAGGCUAUGCGGAUGUGUCAGAAAAGCAGAAGGAAGUUUUUGACACUGUGAUGAAUAUUUAUAUUAAAACCAUGACCGAGGAUGAUGACAAGCAAGUUGUUGCUCAAGCAUGCAUAAGUGUGGCAGAUAUUGUAAAAGAGUGUGGUUACACUGCGAUAGAGUCUUACAUGCUUCAACUUGCUGAUGCCACUUUGAAACUGUUGUGUGGGGAGUCAUCUUGUCAGCAGUUAGAGUCUGACUCUGAUGAAGGUGAAAUAGAUCAUGAUGAGGACCUCAUGGAUGCUGUGUCAGAUCUCCUUCCUGCUUUUGCGAAGGCUAUGGGUCCUCAUUUUGAAACAAUUUUUGCCAGAUUAUUUGAUCCAUUAAUGAAAUUUGCGAAAGUUCCACACCCUCCUCAAGAUCGUACCAUGGUGGUUGCUUGUCUAGCUGAAGUUGCUCAGGAAAUGGGAUCUCCAAUCUCAGCUUAUGUGGAUAGAAUUAUGCCCUUGGCACUGAAAGAACUAGCUUCAUCGGAUGCAACUAAUAGGAGAAAUGCUGCAUUCUGUGUUGGAGAAUUGUGUAAAAAUGGAGUCACCACUGCCUUAAAAUAUUAUGGAGAUGUGCUCCGUGCUCUCUACCCAUUAUUCAGUGAUUCUGAACCUGAUAAUGCUGUAAGAGACAAUGCUGCUGGUGCAGUUGCAAGGAUGAUAAUGGUGCAACCCCAAUCUGUUCCUCUCAACCAGGUGUUACCUGUAUUUCUGAAAGCUUUGCCCUUGAAAGAAGAUCGAGAGGAAUCCAUGACUGUCUACAAUUGCAUCUAUAACUUGAUAUUGUCAUCUAGUCCUCAGGUACUUCCUUUAGUGCCAGAGAUGGUUCAUAUUUUCGCUCAAGUAGUAGUAUCUCCUGAGGAAACCAAUGAAGUCAAGACACAAAUUGGACUAGCCUUUUCUCAUCUGAUGUCACUCUAUGGUCAGCAAAUGCAGCCCAUUUUAAGCUCUCUCUCCCCUGUACAUGCUAAUGCCUUGGCUUCUUUUGCAAGUAAAAGUUGACAGCUUAAGCAAUGUGCAUCUGCUUAGUUGAGUCUCCUGGUGUUUGGCUAUUUGAAAUGAAUGUGAGCUUCUUUUGCGGUAAUUCUUUGUCGGAUUAUACUUAUACCCUUCUGUUAAUCUUGUGUCAUAGUUUGUUCAACAGCAACAAACAUUAUGAUUUUUUGUGAUUUUUUUAUUAUUUGUGAGUGGUUUUGUCCUUUCCCACAUAAAAUGAUUCUUUGUCAUCCGAGUGAGUGCCAUUUAUUUUGUACAUAGAAUUUUGUAGAGCACAGCUAUAUUUGGUGGAAUGAACUUUGGAUGUUGGUUUGCUGUUUAUAUUUC